AUGGAGCCGUUCACGUUCGCCAGCUCCUCCGACCUGUCGAUGCUGGAUGUGUCCGUGAAGGUGUGGGUUUACCUGUCAUAUGAAAUGCGAAAAGCGUGACGGACAACGUGAUUGACAUGUGAUAGCAAUCGCCUCGAAGGCCAUGAGAAGCCUCUGCCCUAUUCGACGCUACUCAAACGACCAGACCUCCGCCAUCGAGGCAGCAACUUGAGCCCCAAUUCGGAACUCUACGUCACUAUCCAGCCAUUCGCCGAUUCGAAACCACUCACAGUGGCAUCCCAAACACCGUACAAACACUUCAAGAAUGCUCGAAUAUGGAAUCAGUGGUUGAAGUUGCCGCUGAGAUACAGUACUCUCCCGGCUAAUACUCAGCUUGCUAUUACCCUUUGGGAUCUGUCACCCGUCAACCCAAAAGGAGGUGAUAAGAGCCACCACAUCCCAUUUGGAGGCACCACGAUCUCGCUGUUUGAUGAGGAUGCUACUUUGAGGACUGGGAGGCAGAAGUGUAAGAUUUGGAGACAUAAGGCUGCAGAUGGCUUUUCGGACACAACGACACCAUGGCAAGAGCCACGGAAGCGAGGUCGGCGAGGACAGCCGGAAGAGACGGUCGUGAUCGAUGAAAAGAAGAGUAGGCGUGAUGCUGAGCUGGAACGCUUGGUCGGUCUAAUGAAGAAGCACGAAAUGGGUGAGAUCCAAGAAAACAGAUGGCUGGAUCAGAUGGUUUUUCGUCAGGUUGAGAAGAUGGAGCGGUUGCAGAUCCGAGAUUCUACGAGGCCAAAGAAUGCACCCAAACCGAACGGCACGAUCAACGGCGAUCGUGCGGUAGACAGCAGUGAGCCACGGUGUGCCGAGGGCGAUCCUGACCAUGUUGACGGCACGUUUUACCUUUACAUUGAGCUCCCCAGAUUCGACCACGCAGUUGUCUUCACCGAUCACGAGUAUCCACCUCCGCUUGUGUCCGGUAUCAAGCUGUCACAAAACCAGAAGACGGCGGUUGUCAACUUCAAGCCACCUCCUGAAGUCCAGCUGGGACCCGGUAUCCACUCAGAUGGCGGCAGCGAUACGGAUGGCGGCAUUCCACUAGUUGGUAUCUAUGACCCUGAAAUAGGGUACGCUGACAAUCCGGCUGAGUCGAAGCAUCGAAGAUUAAUUCGUGGGCAAAGAAAUGCGUUGGAUAGGGACCUCAAGCCGAACCCCAAAAUGAGGGACUUCCUAAAUCGAGUCAUGUCUUAUGGCCCCACGGUGGAAUUGAGCGACAAGGAGAAGGAUGAGAUCUGGAGGUUCAGGCACCAUCUCACUCGGGACAAACGUGCGCUUACCAAACUCGUCAAGUCUGUCAAUUGGAACGAGCAUACCGAAAGUCGACAGGCCAUUGCAUUGUUGCCGAAGUGGGCCGAGAUUGAUGUCGACGAUGCAUUGGAGCUCCUAGGUCCUGGUGUAAGGAAUGGCUCUGUCCGAGCAUAUGCAGUCGAUAGACUGCGCAAGGCCGACGACGAAGAACUAUUGCUAUACCUCUUGCAGCUUGUGCAGGCUCUCAAAUUCGAGCCGAAGCAGGCAAAGGACGAGAACGAGACGGACUCGUCUCUGAAAUCAUUCUUGAUUGUCAGAUCGGCUGCAAAUCUCAAGCUGGGCAAUUUCCUCCACUGGUACCUACUAGUGGAGCUUGAUCUGGACAAGGACUCGCCUGGUCAGGCUGCGAACCACAGACUAUACUCUCGUGUAGCAUUCGACUUCAUGAGAGAGUUGGAAUCCACACCUGAAGGCCAGGCUCGCAGAAAGAUUCUUCUUCGCCAGGGUGAGCUAAUUACGGUCCUGAGCAAGCUCAGCACCGACGUACGCAAUGGAAAGGGCGAUCGGUUACGAAAGAUUGAACAACUCAAGAAAACAUUGGCGGACCCUAAGAACGACUUGGUCUCGCUGGAUCCGCCUCUUCCGCUGCCCCUCGACCCCGAUGUCAAACUCACUGGUGUCGUUCCUGACGAUUGCAACAUCUUCAAAUCAACACUGAUGCCUCUUCUGCUAUAUUUCAAACAAGACAAUGGCGAAACAUAUCCUUUCCUUUUCAAGACUGGCGACGACCUCCGCCAAGACCAGCUCGUCCUUCAAAUCAUCGCUCUCAUGGACCGUCUCCUUCUGAACGAAAAUCUCGAUCUAAAACUCAAGCCCUAUCGCGUGCUUGCAACCUCUACUAUCGCCGGCGCCAUGCAGUAUGUACCUCUGUCCCGACCCGUCUCCAGCAUCCUCCAAGAUCCGAAAUACAAAGGCUCCAUCCUCGGCUAUCUGCGCCAUCACAACCCCGUGAUCAAAUCCACCGAUCCACAAAUCCUCGGCGUCAGAAAAGAUGCCAUGGACACUUAUGUCAAAUCGGUGGCUGGGUAUUGCGUUGUCACUUACCUUCUGGGGGUGGGAGACCGGCACCUUGAUAAUCUUCUCAUUACAGAGGAUGGCCAUUUCCUUCAUAUCGACUUCGGAUAUAUCCUUGGUCGAGACCCGAAACCCAUGGCUCCUCUGAUGAAACUUUCUCGGGAGAUGGUUGAAGGCAUGGGCGGUGUAAACGGGGCUGAGUCGCAAUUCGAUACGUUCAGGCAAUACUGCUUCACAGCUUAUACCACUCUACGGAGGAGCAGUUCUCUCAUUCUGAACUUGUUUGCGCUCAUGGGCGAUGCCGCUAUCCCUGGCAUUGCUGUGUUUGGCGGCGAACAGGCUGUGAGGAAGGUUGAAGAGAGGUUCAAGCUCGAUGUUGGAGAGGAAGAGGCUGUGAGAUUCUUCGGAACUAUGAUUGAGAAGGAAAUGGGCGCUUGGGGAGCUGUGCUUAUUGACAAGCUGCACGGCUUUACGCAAGGGUGGAAGAGUUGA